AUGAUUGCUAUUCUGCUGAAGCUUGCGGUGGUCCUGAGUACGCUGCAAAGCGUCACAAGCGACUUGAGCAUUCCAGAUCCACAUGAUGGCCACCGAGCCUCGAUCAUUGAAGCCAGGUCCAAGUUGAUCCACAACGUCGAGCGGACCUACUCCGUUGGAGACCAGACAUUCCAGCAAAAUUAUGGACCAGAGGUGUCUACGUCUUCGAUGCUUUACUUCGAGCAUCUCGUACUGCAAGCCACAGCGCUCACAGCGACGACCAAUUUCAAUGCGUCCAAGAUCGAGACAUUCCUGCAAGAUCGACUUCCGUUUACGUCCGUCGAUGAUUUCCACCAAGCGUACGAAGAUUUAGCCGCCACCGAAAUGAUCGAGAAGCCUUUGGCGUUAGACUCGAGCGACGAGAACUUUGGUGCUAUGCGGCUUAGUAUCCUAGGUAACAAUUUACGGCUGGUUCAGUACGCGGAUAAUUUGUGGGAGGUCCCAUCAGACUUGAUUCUUGACGUUUUUGGCGAACUGACGUUGUCAGGUGCGUUGAGAACCCACAAGGUAUUCGUCACUGACUUCUCCGACCACGGUGAUCUCACCUAUAAAGCUGCUAAGGAGUUCAAGUACAUCCCUAAUGUCAUCGGAUGUUUCUGCAACAAUGUCGACAAACGACAGCUAUUGCCAUUGGCAAUUACACUCGUGGAUUCGGAGCUUACGUACACGAAAGCGGAUUCUCCAGGUGAAUGGCAAUUGGCCAAGAUGGCGCUGCAUGCCACGGAGGUCAACUUCCAGCAGAUGCGGCACUUUGUCGAGACCCAUUUAAUCUCUGUCCCGGUUCAAGUCGAGAUGAUGCGUAGCCUCUCGACUGAACAUCCGGUGUACGCCUUAAUGGAUUAUCACUUGUUCGCGGAUUUCGGGAUGGAAUACUUUGCUAGACGAGAGUUGUUGAGUCCGGGUACACCAUACGAUCAAGUCACGGGCUAUGGCGCAACGGGGUCUCUACGAGCGGUGAUGCGGGAGUUUAAGACCACGUCAGUAGAACUCGAUCUACCAACAGACUUGGCGGCACGUGAGUCAUUAGUCGACUAUCGCUUAAAUCGGUACGGAACAAAGUACUACAAUAUUAUCAAGCGGUUUGUGUGGAAAUACAUGAAGGCGUACUACACAACCGAGGAAGCUAUUCGAGACGACACAGAGCUUCAUACGUGGGCUGAGCGGAGCUCCCAACUUGAGCACAUCCAUGGAUUCCCGUCCGCAUUCACAGGCUACGACGAUCUUGUGCGAGUGUUAACACACUUCAUCUUUGAGAACGCCAUCAAGCAUCACUUUAUGAACGGACAUGCAUCCUGGCACAGCAUCGCUCCUCCAUUCCAUGGCUCCGCACUCUAUAUCAAGCCACUCCCGACCAAGAAAGGAGAGGAGGUGGAUCCACUCGACUACGCGGUUCCGAGCGAGACUGUGCCUAAGAUGGCGUAUAUCUACUCGUGGUUUACACGACAAGUGCCUGUAAAUGCAUCGGCUCUGCAUUUUUACCAGUCAGAGCCAUUCACAAGCGAAACAGAGCUAGUGGAGCCCAUCCGAGAAUUCCACCAGAGUAUGAACGACAUGAUGCAUUUCGUGGACUUCGCUGAAAGCCAAGAAGCUCACCCGAUUGACAUUUUCAAGCCGUCAUCGCUGCCAUUUUAUUCUUUCACUUAA